AUGCUUCAACCAACUUCAGAUACUCAACUGCCAGAAUCUCUUGCUCAGUUAACUGUAAAGAUCUGUUCAGUACGUUUACCAUCAUCAACCAAAUUAACAGAUAUCUAUGUGAUUAUGGAAAUCGAUAGUAAAUACACAUAUCGAACAGAGAUUAUACGCAAAAAAGACAAAUCAAAUACAGCAACAUCAACAGCGACAAAUCCAAUAAUAAUAAUUAAUGAAUCGUUUGAUGCACUUAUCUCAUUAACCUCGAAAGUGUGCUUUAAAAUCCUUGCUCCAACUCGUCUUUUUGGCAACAGUGAUAUUGGACAAGCGGAUUUUAACAUUAAAACCAUUAUCGAUAAUUACUGUAUUUACGAGCAACAUAAUAACAUGAAUAAUGAUAGUCGAUCGCCGUCUUUUCGUGUUCAAAUGCCAUUUCAAACUUCGUCAGCAUCUGCAUCAUCGAAUUCUGCCCGAUUAAAUGAUCAGAAUUCUUCGACUGGCAUCAUCGAACUUAUCUUCUACGGUUCAAUACUUAAACAAAACUCGCAAUCGAAUAGAACUGCACAAACAUCAAUUGAAACAGCGAAUACCGAUCAGUCAUCAUUACCAGUAGAUUCAACUUCAACAAAUGACCUCACAACAAAUUCAAGGCAGUCUUUGUCACCACCCCAAUCGAAUGGAGCUACAAGCUUAACAAGACCAACCGAUCCUAGGCAUUCACUCAUAGAUGAAAGACGAUUGGCUCACUUAAAACAACAAUUACCUGCUGGUUGGGAACUUCGUCUAGACAGUCAAAAUCGUCCGUACUACGUCGAUCACAACCGUCGUCGGACAACUUGGUUGCUUGAACAGAGUGUUCUACCACCUGGUUGGGAAGAACGUGUUGAUAGUCGAGGACGCGUUUAUUACGUUGAUCACAAUACUCGUACAACAACUUGGACGCCACCAACUGCCCUACAUUUAGCUAAUGUUGCACAAUGGCAAGAUCAAUAUGCACGAAGUCAUUCGAUGUUUAAUCAGUUCGAACAUCGAUUUUUACCACAGACAGAAAAUAGCAAUAAUCAAUCGAGCAACACUAAUGAAUCGCCUUUACCUGAAGGUUGGCAACGAAUGUUUGAUAAUCAAGGCCGACCAUAUUAUAUCAAUCAUCUAUCGAAAACAACACAAUGGGAAGACCCAAGACAAAUGGAAAAUAAACUAUUGGAUAAUUCGUUACCACCUGGAUUCGAAAUCUGUCAUACCAAAGAAGGACAAAUGUAUUUUCUUGACCAUAAUACAAAAACAACUACUCUUCAAGAUCCUCGGCUUGGAUCUUCAACUAAUGCAAGCUCACGAGCCAACCUCAAACAUAGUUUACCGUAUAAGAUCCGGCAAUUCCGCUAUUUAUGUUCAACUAAUGCUACGAACGGACAAUUGAAGUUAACCAUACGUCGACAUCGUUUGUUCGAUGAUUCUCUAAAUCAUAUCAUGCAUUGUCAAUCCAAUGAACUUCGUCGUCGAUUGUAUCUCUCAUUUAAAAAUGAAGAAGCUCUUGAUUAUGGAGGUGUUGCCCGCGAAUGGUUCUUUCGUCUCUCACAUGAAGUACUCAAUCCAAUGUAUUGUUUAUUCGAAUAUGCAAACAAGAAGAACUACUAUUUGCAAAUAAAUCCAGCGUCGUCAAUCAAUCCUGAUCAUCUCGUUUAUUUUCAAUUUAUUGGUCGUUUCGUGGCAAUGGCACUUUUUCAUGAGAAAUUUAUCGAUAACGGGUUUAGUUUAUCGUUUUAUAAACGACUGUUGGGUAAAACGUUAACAGUACAUGAUUUAGAAUUAUUAGAUCCUGAAUUUUACAACAGUUUAUCGUGGAUACGAGAAAAUAAUCUAGAUGAAAAUGAUGAUUUAGAAUUAUAUUUCAAUACUUCAUUUGAAUUACUGGGUAAAAUCGAAAAUAUCGAAUUGAAGCCCGGUGGAAAUGAUAUUAAAUUAACCGAAGCGAAUAAAGCCGAAUACUUAGAAUUGAUCACGAAGUGGCGAUUUACACGAGGAGUUGAAGAUCAAACAAAAGCAUUUCUACACGGCUUUAACGAAGUUGUUCCAUUGCAGUGGAUUCAGAUAUUUAACGAACGUGAACUAGAAUUGCUCCUUUGUGGCAUAUCGAAAAUCGAUACUCUCGACUGGGAACGUAACACUAUCUAUAAGCAUUACACCGAAAAUGCGAAGCCGAUCCAAUGGUUCUGGCAAUUCGUACGCGAAAUUACCGAUGAACAACGCGCACGUCUACUUCAAUUUGUUACUGGUACAUGUCGUGUACCGAUUGGUGGUUUUGCUGAAUUACUCGGUUCGAAUGGUCCACAAAAAUUCUGUAUAGAGAAAUAUGGCAAGGAUAACAUAUUACCCCGAUCGCAUACCUGUUUCAAUCGAUUGGAUUUACCUCCAUAUAAAAAAUAUGAGAUUUUAAAAGAAAAACUUCUAUUUGCUAUCGAAGAGUGCGAGGGCUUCGGGCAAGAGUAA